AUGGCGAGAACGGCACCUGGCUGGAGAUUAUUGCAGUCCGCAGUCCGCAAGAACGGCAUGGUUCUGACCACUCGUCUCGACGUCCCUCAACCCUUGGAGGUCACCCCAUCGGGGCACGCAAUGCCUCGGUUAUCUACACUUUCCCCGGCGGUCGAUCUCGCCUCCUCCGAGCCCAAUGUCUCCGUCAUCGCCAAGGUCGUCGAGGCCGACUUCUUCAACGGCUUGGCUCUCUUGGACCGGGACACUUUGCUCUCCACUGACUCUGCCUGGGGUGUCGUCUACCGGGUCAAGAUCUCCACUGGCAAUUACUCGGUUGUGCUGUCGGAUCCCGUCACUAUGCUGUCGCCUAAGGAUAGCCCUAAGCCUGUCGGAGUCAAUGGUCUCAAGGUGCACGGCAAGUACGUAUACUACAGCAGCACCACCGAAAUGGUCCUUGCCCGGGUGCCGUUCAACAAGGACGCCCAGCCUCCCGGCCCCAUCGAGAUCGUCACCGGCGGCUUCACGCCCGAUGACUUACUUCUGACCAAGAAUGGCACGGCGUACGUCACCACCAGCGCGGAGAACGGGCUGUUGAAGGUCGAGCCAUCUGGCCGCGUGACUGCGGUCGCCGGAGCUUUGUUCUCCACCACUCUUGCAGCAAUACCUACCACCAUCACACAUGUUAUACAAGAACAAUCAUUAUCGAGUGGAUAAGCGAUAGAUUCUGCUACGCAGUCGG